AUGAGUUUCGUGUACAUGGUCCUCUUGAAGCCUUCUGAAAUACGCUUCACGAAGAACUUACUCGCAUCGGAAUUUGACAACGGAAUUCCCCUCUCGGAGACCUUCACUCAGAUAAAGAAUGGAGAAAUUCUGUUGGAGGAUGUCCCUGCAAUAGAGGUUGUUUUCUAUCCCGAGAAAUGGGAAUGGUUCACUCUAAACAACCGGCGACUGUGGGUCUUGAAAGAGCUGGAAAAGAUUGGAAAAUGUCGCUAUGUGAAAACUAAGAGAGUUGAGUACCAGGAAAAUAUCUUUGAGUAUCCCACCUUGCUCUAUGGUUCUGCAGCUCUGGCAGAAAAAAACCGUACGUUCACGUGGGAAGGUGACAACUUGCGAAUCACAACACGGCGAACUCCGUCAAGAGAAGUCGAAAUUUAUCACGAAGAGGAUGAAAGGAAAACCCGACAAGAUUUGCAAAGGAGAGGCCGGAGCGGUUCACAGCACAAUGAGAAAAAUGUUAAGCAUUGUGGUAGUCGUACAUCUAGACGUAGACGACGUAGAAAGCGUUACCACCCAUACUGUAGACACAAAGAGCCACGUGUGCAAAGGGAAUUGUAUGCAGGCACCACUCUUUGGAUUCGACAGCAAAGCGUUGACAGCCUAGAAGAGCGGAGUCGCAGCCGCCGAAAUUCUGAGACGUCAGAGUAUUCUGGUUUAGAGUACGGUUUCCAUUUUAGCUCCACCUUGUGGUUUAAAAAAAGACAAGCGUUUUUAAAGCGUGUCUAUUGCGUUCGCACCGGCCGUUUGAGGGAUCCAUCGCGUUUUGUAGAUGUCUUGUACACUUGUGGCGUUUGUUUUAAGAGUUUUCAGUCCAAAGUCAGUCUGAAUCAGCACAGUGAAGAGCUUUUCCACUGGGCCUGUGUGCGAUGUGGAAGGUUUUUUGAAACUCAUACCGCUCUGGGACAGCAUAAACUUGCUUUAAACCAUACAGUGUGA